AUGGCCACCCUUCCUGUCGACGCUAUAAAGCCGCUCGCAGACAAGCAUCCCAAGCCGCCCAACGUGCUCUUCCAGUACGGCACCGCCGGGUUCAGGACCUUGGGAGAUGCUUUGGACCCUGUGAUGUUCCGAGUCGGAGUACUUGCUGCCCUCAGGAGCAAGCGGUUAGAUGGCAAGACGAUCGGAGUGAUGGUCACUGCGUCCCACAAUCCCGAACCGGACAACGGUGUGAAGCUUGUUGAUCCUCGUGGAGAGAUGCUUGAGGUGUUAUGGGAAAACCAUGCUACCACGCUCGCCAAUGCUGCUUCAACAGAAGACUUCAUUGCUGCUGUCCAGACGCUGGUCACCAACUCUAGGAUCGACUUGUCUAAGCCUGCGCGUGUCGUUUAUGCCAGAGAUACCCGGCCUUCCGGGCCCGCACUUGUGGCUUCUCUUGAAGACGGUCUCAAGGCUAUGGGCGCUGAAACUCGAAACGCGGGCGUAACCACCACGCCCGUCCUCCACUAUCUGGUCAAGGCGAUCAACACCAAGGGCACGAAGGACUCUUAUGGCGAUGACUCAGAAGAGGGAUAUUUGGAGAAGUUGAGUUCGGCUUUCAAGAAGCUUGUAGCCGGCAAAUCGACAGCUUCUCCUCUUAUUGUCGAUUGUGCCAACGGCGUCGGCGCUAUUGUCGGAAAAAAGCUUGCCGAGGCACUUGGCAGUAGCCUUCCGUUGAAUCUCCAGAACACCGCCAUCGAUACUGUUGGAGCUCUCAAUAACGCAUGCGGUGCCGACUUCGUCAAGACUUCUCAGAAACUCCCUCCUUCUUUAGCGUCAGUCCUCAAACGGGGCGAAAGGGGUUGCAGUCUGGAUGGUGACGCCGAUCGACUCAUUUACUACUACAUGGACGAACGUGAACAGUUCCACAUGCUGGAUGGAGACAAGAUUGCAGCCCUUGUGGCCGCGUUUAUUGUCGAUCUCACGAAAUCCGCAGGACUCGAAGAGGUCGUCCAAGUAGGCAUCGUUCAAACGGCGUAUGCCAAUGGUGGCUCGACAAAGUACCUAUCUGAACGUCUCCCAGUGAAAUGUGUUUCUACAGGCGUGAAGCAUCUUCACCAUGCCGCAGAACGGUACGAUGUUGGCGUUUACUUCGAGGCCAAUGGGCACGGCACCGUUAUCUUCUCUCCGGAGACUCUGGAGAAGCUCGCCACCCAUCAGCCCUCCACUCCCGCUCAGUCCACUGCGCUCAACCACCUCAUCAACUUGACCAAGGUUAUCAACCAAACGGUUGGUGAUGCGCUUUCGGAUAUGCUUCUGGUCGAGAUCGUCUUGGCGCACAAGUCGUACAGUGGCGUCGAGUGGGAUGCGCUCUACAUGGAUCUUCCCAACCGCCUUGUCAAGGUCGUUGUCGCCGAUCGCCACAUUUUCAAGACUGAAGAUGCGGAGCGCCGUCUCGUCAGCCCCCCGGGUCUCCAGGCUCGAAUUGACGAGUUGGUUCGACGCUACGCCGGCGGGCGGUCGUUUGUCCGUCCGAGCGGCACGGAGGAUGUCGUUCGCGUCUACGCCGAAGCCACCAUCCGGAGCCAAGCCGACGAGCUCGCGUUCCGAGUUGCAGGAUUGGUUUACGACGAGACCGGCGGUGAUCCUGCGAGACGUCCAGCAGAGUUCUUGUGA